UGAUAUGACUAUUGGCUCAGCCUCCAGUUGCAGCAUAUCUUUGAAUGGCAGUGGCGUUCGACCGAUUCAUUGCACCAUCUAUCGCAGCGAGGAGAACGAAGUGACCAUCGUACCAGAGCAUGAUGCUCGCAUACUAAUUGAUGGUACGAAGAUCACACAUGAGACCAAUUUGACUCAGGGUGCCAUGAUCACUAUUGGAAAUUCAAAUUAUUUACGUUUCAAUAAUCCAGCCGAAGCUCAGAUGAUGCGCUCUGCUAUGGGUUCGAAUGAACGCAUUUCCAUGCCACAGAUAGACUUCACGCAAGUGCCACGACGGGACUCGACCAAGAGCCUGAGCUCGAGCAGCGGCAGUGCAGAUGCCCGCCAAUCAUUAGCCAUCAAUUCAUUUUAUGAAGAACAUAUCAGUCCAAUAACAAAUGCACAGAUGCCAAUGUCAAUGGGUAGAGAAUGCACGAAGAGUAUUUUUGGUAGCAGUAAAUCUUUGUAUAACAACGUCGCAACAGCACCAAUCGAUAUAAACGGACUACACUGCCCUAAGGUAUUCACCGCCGACCUGGUGACUGUGAAUAUGCCAGCAAAGGAUGUGCUGGGUCAAAAAUACGCCAACUUCGCAAAAAAUUUAGCUGAAAAUCAUCGCAACGAUAAGAACUCCUCUCCCGUGCGGAACAAUCAGUUGAAUAAUAGCUUAAAGGGAAAUGGUCAGAAUGGAACAGGAAAUUAUGUCAAUGUUCCGAGCACAUCGAAUUUCAUACAGAACACAAGCACCAACUUAAAUGGGAGUGGAGAGUUCUUGGCAAAGGUGAAUAAUACGACGCCGCUGCGAAGCGCGAGCGGUGUUCAUCACCACAAUGUGCCAGCCUAUGACCGUUACCCAAAACCAGGUACCUAUGGAGGUCUUCAAAUCUAUCCUAUGAACGGAUUGAAUACCGAAAUUAAUAGCAGCUCAGCGAAUUCGUCGCCGCUGCAUCGUUUGCAAUACGAGAGUUCGCCCAGCAUGCAGCGAAGAAAUCUGUCCAGCUUAAGUAGCUCAGAGAAUGAACGCCUUGAAGACAUGCUGAAGAUAUGUACUGAAUAUUCCGAUCGCCAAAAUCAAAGUUGUGCCGCGUCCCUCACCUCUUCACCUAUUGUUCAAAACCGAAUCAAAACAAACGGGUCACUGCCACGCGACAAGAAGUCACCUUUCUACCACGACCUAUCCGGCUCGCAGCUUCAGCAAUCGUUCUCAGGCAGCAGCGGCAAUCUCAACACCAAGGCACAUAACGGUUCAAUUUCCAGUUCUACUGGUUAUGAAAAUGUGCGAUUGGUUGGCCAGAACCGGGUGGAAAUCGGUGGUCAAACUCAAGGCCCUAGUUCACCAAAAACAGGUUAUGAAAAUGUGGUUAUGGGCAAGUAUGUACCCCAAAGUCCGCGUACAAAAAUUCGCACGACUUGUAUGUCGCCAAAAAAGGACCAUUCGUUUAGCAAUGCAUACGGUCAAGCACCCAUCGCUGCCGUACCACCACCAGUGGCACCCAAGCCACCCAAACAGAGUGAAUACGAGCAGCUGAUAAAGACUUUUGAGGAGAAACUCAAAUUAGAAAUGCAAGCCAUAGAGGAGAGCUGCCGUUAUCAGCCGAGGAGUGCUGUUAAAACCGCGUCGGUAUCAGCUGAUCAUUCGCCAGCGAAGCGUACAAAUAAAAAUAUUAACAAUCUCACGCUAAACUUGCACGAAUCGAAUUCAUUGCAAAAUUCGCCCAGGCUGCAAAAGAAGCCGGCACCAGCACCGCGAAUGUUCUCAAAAACAGCUUUGAUGAGCUUUAACAACGCUGGCGCUACAAAAAGUUCGAAUUUUACUGAUAAUGGCAUUUCUCUGCCGAAAACAGCCGCGGCUGCUGAAUUAAAACCGAUUUUGGGUGACUGUGAAGACAUUGAAAAACUUAAACAAACCAGAAAGCAGCUCUUAAUGCGAGUACAGGAAUUGAAGAAUGAAAUCUCGGAGCUACAAAAGAUGGAGGCAGAAGAACUGAGGGAGUUGGAUAUGGAAAAGGCGCUGGUUACUGCCGAAGUACACUCCGUCGGUGAUUCUGUUGGUGAGUUGGAGACGCAGCUUGAGCUCUUGCAGAACAAAAUCCAUCGCUUUGAAGCGCAGCGUAAUGCCACGCGCGUCAUGGAGGAAAAUCAGCAGGCAAAACUAAAGCAGUCAAUUGAAAUGAAGCAGGAUCAAGCGAAGAAAUUAAAGUCGAUGUUGCAGCAGAAACCGAGUAAUGACUGUCUAAAAGAAGAACUCCAUAAUGUGAGCGAAUCGCUGGAAAAUGAUCGUAAAACAUUUGAGGAUUUAGAAUUCCAGUAUUUGGAAGAAGAAUCUGAAUGGCAUGCAUAUCGCGAGGAGUUACACAAUGAAGAAGCGAAUUUGUCCGCGAAAAUAAAGGAGAAACGCAUUGAGUUACAGCAUCUGGAGGGCCAGGAUUUGGGCAACCCUUCAAUGCACGCCAAAACCUUAAAGUCAAAGUUAGUGAAUGCAUGUAAUUUACUAAAAAUGGAGCAAGAGCGCCUAACUGCGAUUGAGAGCAGCAUUUGUGACAUAACCGGCGAAUUGAAAGUGGACACAUCCGAAGAGGACGUCAGCACGGCAUCUUCGAGCUCGCCUAUGCUGCACAACAACCUGGCAGCGGGUGUUAUGUCCCAAUCGCUCUUUGGUUCUGCCGAACUGCUAUGUCCCAAGCGUAGUAGUGCGGAUAUAAUGUCUAAAAGUGUAAAUGAGAAUAUGUUUUUCAACAAUAAAAUUGAACUGCCGGCUCAAGCGCCAGUCACAAGCACUCCUAAACGUAAGCAGCUGUAUGUCGUUGAUAUUGAUGAUGCCGAUUUGCCAUGUAAAAGUCUUGACGCACGGCAUACCACCGAAUGUGCUGAUACAGACCCCGUGCAAUUUGACAAAAGCGAUACACAGAAUGAUGGUCAACAUAGUGAACGGGUUAAAUUUAACCUUUCGCUGGGUAAUGAUGAUUUCGAAGUAAAUCCACUGGAACGUCGUGUGCCAUCGCAGGACGAUAUUGAUCGCAUAUGUAAAGUGACGAGUAGCGCACCCAUUUCAACAAAAGGCGCCAGUACGAGAAUAUUUGAUAGCAUUAAAGAAAUAGAACGCAAUCGGCAACUGCUGCUGGCACAACAAGGUCAUCACGUGAUUGAGCAUGAGCGUCAAAAAAUAAUUGAUUUGAAGAAGAAAUGUCAUGAUGAAGCACGUGCACAAUACCUUCUUAAGUUGAAUAACGGUGAAAGCGACAAAAAUGGCAGCGAUUCUCCGGUUAAUGCAAACCAAUCUGAAAUGCGAGAGCUUCAACGUUUGGAGAGCGGUGAAGCAACUGCAUGCAUCGCUAAAGAGAAUAUAAGGGAUGUAAAUUUAUCGCAAAAGAGAAAAUCUAUUAUGGGAAAUGGAAAAGAAGUCUCCGCAAAGAGUGGCGUAUCUGAAAGCUUAUCUAAUAAGCCAGUGGACAAAACUAGUCAGCAACGGCACUCACAGCCUGAAUUCGUGGAAACACAAAUACGCCAUUCACGAUCCAGUCCGCGCCCGCUUUCUGAAGCCAACUCUGAGCUAAGCUGCGAUCUAUUAGACAGCGAUCACAAAGGCACCUGCAAGUCAAAUUAUGAGCUGUCCACCGCGUCGCCGAAUGCUGCAGCAUCUGCGGGCAACAAUAGCUACUCGACUGAGCCUGUGACUAGCGGCGAUGAGGCAGCCAACAAGCGUUCGAGCGUCAAUUCGAACGAGACAACGUCAGGCGUCAGUGCCACCGGCAGCGGCAGCGUUAGCGCGCAAGGCGGCGAGCGGAAGCGUGCACUGCCCAAACACCAGCGUCCGCUGACACGCUACCUGCCAAUCUUUUCACCCGAUCUAAACCUCCGCCAUCAUAUCGAGUCAGCUGGACAUCAGAUUACACUAUGCCCGCACGUCUUUGUCGAUGCUUUUAGCUGCCGAGGCUAUUUGCAUAAAUUGGGUGCUACUUUCCAUGGCUGGGCGCGACGGUGGUUCGUACUUGAUCGACAGCGCAGCGCGUUCAUCUACUAUGCGGACAAGUCGGAACGGAAGCCCAGAGGUGGCGCCUAUUUCUCGACAAUCGACGAAGUGUAUUUGGAUCAUUUAAAUGCCUCGAAGAGUGGACGCCCUCAUUGCACAUUCAUUGUCAAGACGAAAAAGCGCAGCUACCAUCUACAAGCGGCAUCGGACGCUGCAGCUAGAAUAUGGAUCGAUGCAAUUAUAACCGGAGCUCAAGGAAAUUUAGACUACUAGUUAAGAGUUACUUUAGUACAUUUUAAGCACUUGAAUUAUUGUAAAAUAGCACUUUUAGGCUAGUAAAAAUUAAUACAUUUAAUAUAAGAAAUUCCCGUUUAGGACCAAAGUGAAUUAUAUUCGAAAUUGCUGAAGAGUGAACUGUUGCUCACAUACAUAUACUGACUUAUGUAUAUAUUUUUAAAUGAGGUUUAACUUAUUAUUCUUAAGCGUUAAGGAAGUGUAACUAUUGCUCAAUUUUUCUAAAGGACAUUGAAAAUUAUACCAGACAUUCAUCAGGCCCACGUAAUAAAUAUUUAUAUCUAAUGAGCAAUCGAUUUAACUAACUAAAUAUGAAUAUGUUUCUACACAUGUGUGCCUUUUCGAUGAUUUGCAAUGAAAUUUUCUUCGCUUUUUUCACAAUUUUUUAUUUGGACAAUUUUUUUUUACAUAACUGAACAAAAACGUAUAUGUACGUUGGAAACUCAUGUGUAUUAAUGUUUUUGCAAUAACGCAAUUAUUUUGUCGUACACUUGGUUGAGCCAAAAGUUUUUAAACUACAUAUACUUAAAUGUAUUUAUUGAUACAUAUAUACAUAUAUACUUAUGUAUACCUGCAUACAUAUAAUCUAUUUGUAAACUUUACGUUAUUAAAAUAUGAUUCUAAAAUAAAAUGUAAUUUUUUGAGAAAAUAUUA